AUGUGGGAGUGGGACGCCACCUCCCUCGCCGGCGCCCUCAAAUCCGCCGCCACUUGCCGUUCCACUCCCCAUGUCAAACCCCUCCACGCUGUCCUCCUCAAGCUCGGUCUGUCGGCGUCCGCCAUCCUAGCUACCUCACUCGCGCAUCUGGCACUCCGGUGCGGGCUCCCUGGUUACGCCCGUGCUCUGUUCGAUGAAAUGCCCAGACGGGACGUGGUCUCCUGGACGUCCCUCAUCACCGGCCACGCUCACCAGGGUCUGCACGGAGACUCUCUCGCACUUCUGCGGCGCAUGGUGGAAUCUGGUGUUGCUCCCAACGGGUACACACUGUCCGGUGGGUUGCUCGCGUGUGCCGGGGUUGGCCAGGCCGCCCUUGCUACCGGGAAGGAAAUUCAUGCCAGGGUUGUGAAGAUGAGUAUGUACGGCCCGGUCGAUUCGGUUGUGGAGAACGGGGUUCUUGACAUGUACGCGAGGUGCCGGAAUGUUGACUAUGCGAGGAGAGUGUUUGGGGUGAUGGUGGCGAGGGACAUUGUUGCGUGGAACUCGAUGAUGGCCGGGUAUCUCGGGAGUGGGCAAGCUGAGGAGGCUCUGGGCUUGUUUGUGUCAAUGGUUUCUUGUGAGGUUGGCGCAGAUGGCUUCUCGUAUGCCAUAAUUGUGGAUGCGUGUGGGGAGCUGGCGUUGUUAAAACAGGGGAUGCAGGUGCAUGCACGGGUUCUUGGUGCAGGAUUUGAUUCUGAUGUGGUUGUAAGGAAUUCCUUGCUGGAUAUGUAUGCAAAGUGUGGAUGUGUUGAUUCAGCAGAGCUUGUCUUCAAUGGGACACCUUCAUUAGAUGCUGUUUUAUGGACUACGAUGAUCUCAGCUUAUGGCAGGUUUGGUCGUGCACAAGACGCGGUAUGCUUGUUUGAUAGGAUGGCACGAUUGGGCAUCAAAAGAGAUGGAGUAGCAUACCUUGCGGUGUUGUCAGCUUGUAGCCAUGGCGGACUAGUUCGAGAAGGUUGGCACUACUUCAAGUUUCUGUUUGAUGGCCAAAGCUCGGUUAAGUUGCAGCCUGAGCACUACGGUUGUAUGGCAGAUCUAAUUUGCAGGAGAGGUCACCUAGAAGAUGCUCUUGAAUUCAUUGAGAGUAUGCCGUUUGAGUCGAGCAUUGCUGCUUGGAGUGCGCUACUUAAUUCCUGUCGAAUCUAUGGGAAUGCUAAGUUAGGUCAGCUUGGAGCGUCCCGUCUACUCGAGCUUGAUCCAGAGAACCACAGUAACUGGGUUGCUUUAUCAAGUAUACAUGCAUCGGAGGGCGAUUGGCAUGAGACAUGGAUGAUCAAGGAGAACAUGAACAGAGAGUGGGUGAAGAAAGAGCCUGGAUGUAGUUGGGUCGAGUUGCAUGAUGGAGUUCAUGUAUUUCUAAUGGCUGAUCAGUCUCACCCUGAAUUGGUUAAUGUACUGCAGACUCUUGAUUCUUUGAAGGAAGAUAUAUGGUCAAGAAGGAGGUGCUUGAACAAGAUUGAAGUGAAGGUCCAAUUUCCAAGAUGGGCCAGGUAUUCUGCCAACUCUUAA